AUGGGUGUGUCCACCCGUAUUCUUUUCACAGAUGAAGCUGCAGGAAGCCUCAGCCCUUCUUCAUAUCUUCUGCAGCACAAAACCUUGCAGGUUCGAUUGCCGGGAACGGAUGGCAUUAAGUUCAAAACCGACAGAGGCACCCCACAGGGGGACUCAUUAUCUCCUGUGCUAUUCAUCGUGUAUCUAGAAGCGGCCCUGCGGGACGUGCGAAAUAUCUUACCGAUCCGGCCACAACUCGACAUCGACCUGCACCUCCCAACUGACACAUCAUAUGCUGAUGAUGUUGACUUUCUGUCAUCUAGGGGAGCUGACCUCCAAUCAUGCCUCCCUGUUAUUGGGGACACCUUAAAGCAAUGGGAUUUGACAGUUAACUCCGCCAAGACAGAAUUCACCCAUAUCGAGAGGUUCAGCGACUGCAUUGCAGAAGAAUGGAGGCUGACCCGGAAGCUGGGAUCGCUACUGGGUGACAGGGAAGAUGUAUCUCGGCGUAUGCAGCUGGCCACAGGUGCGUUUCAACGGCUUUGGGCACUGUGGGUGAGAGGCUCGCAGGUGAGAGAGAACAGACGUGUCAAGCUAUACAAUGCAUUUAUCACACCAAUACUUCUGUACAAUUGCUCAACAUGGGGAGUCCCAAGCAAUGUCAUCAAGCGAUUGGAAGCAUUCCACAGACGUCAAUUGAGAACAGUCGUCGGGAUCAAGUACCCUCAAGUCAUCAAAAAUAGCGAGCUGUAUAAACGCACCAACUCCCAGCCCCUUGGGGAAACCGUUGUGAGAGCGAGGUGGCGGCUCUUUGGCCAUGUCCUGAGACUAAACGACGAUGUACCAGCACGCGUUAUGAUGGCAGCAUACUUCGAAAACCCAAGUUCCGCUGCCACCUGGCGGGGCCGGCCACGUACCACUCUGCCACUGAGUCUGCACCAGGACCUGCAGCGUAUCGGGGGGUCGCUCAAGAAACGCGAGGAACUUGAGAACCUCCAUGCCAUCUCCCAGUCACGACAAGACUGGAAAGACCUAUGCAGCAAUGUGAUAAAAGCAUACAUCAAAGCCUAA